UAGCGAAAACUGUCCUCCAAUACUGGAUCUCACAUCCCCAAAACCCACCGGUGUCAUGAAGCAGACACGGCAAGCAAGAAGAGAAGUUAGCUGUCAAGAAGAUUUCCUGCUGCUACCGGUAGACAGUUGUCGACCUAGCUAGCUUGUUGCUGCUGGAUCUGUCUUUUUGUAGCUCUCUGAUUGAUCGAUCGAUUGAUUUUGAUCGAUUCGUUCAGUGUUUAUAAUCUGUCUUUCUGUUGUCGUCACAAGGAAACCAUGAAGGAAGACAAACCGAGUUUCACGGCCGUCUUUGUCGCCCUGACGGUGAUCAUGUUGGGACAGAUUGCUUUCCCAUUGGUACCCCCAGGAAGUGUCCCCCUUCAAAUGGCGCUCCUCGAAGCCGUGGGAUUGCCGUGGGAUGAAUAUCUCUUUCUGUUGCUCUUGCGCAGUCCAUUGGGACCCUUGGUGUCGCGGCUGGUGAUUGGACUGGCCGACAUGGUUUGCCCAAAGUCCCUAAAACUAGUAGGAUUCAGAAAGUGCUUUAUCCAACAACAAGUACAGCAAUUCUUGCAAGAACAUGCCACGCAGAAUCCACAAGUCUUGAUUCUGGCAGCGGGAUAUGACACACUCUCUCUGCGGCUUGCCAAACAAUACCCACAAGUUCCCUUUUGGGAAAUUGAUCAUCCCGCCACGGGCAACUUUAAAAACAAAAUCUGGACCAACCAAGACAGUAAUAAUACUGACACCAAGGGUCCGCUCCGCAUACUAGGUACAAAACCAGACAAUCUGCAUCAUGCCACUGUCGAUUUGACCAUCCACAAGUCCUUGGCAGCAACAUUGGGGGACAACAACAAGAAACCAAACUAUAACAUUGCCAGUCCCACCGUCGUCAUUGUCGAGGGAUUGUCCAUGUACUUGACCAAGGAACAAAUCCAAAACCUUCUUGAGGACAUUUCUCAUGCUGUGGGACCCCAAUCCAUCGUCACCUUUGACAUGCUGGCCACGAAAUACGACGACAAGGACAAUCAGCCAUAUCCAGAUUGUGGAUUCUUCCUAUCACCACUCAUAUUGCUCUAUCUCAAACUAAAGAGUGAGCCAUGGCUGCUCGGGUUAGAUGCCAAGAUUCUAAAGGAAGACAUUCUAGGAGGCAAUAAUUCGAAAUGGACCUUGCAUGCCGGAGUGGAAUCCUAUGGGCCCGCCAAUCUAGCCGCCAUUCGAUUGAGGGAUAGCUAGCUAGCGGUAUGCAACUGAACGUAUGUGAGCAAUGAUGUUGCGAGCAACUACUAGUAUGUUGGAUUAGUAGCAGUGACAUUUGUACAAACUGGGACAGGAUUCCUGUGAACUAUUGAAUGAUGAAUCCAGAAUCGAAGAUGCUGCAACGCUUUUUAAUUAAGAUGGAAAACAUUAUAACUCCGAUUGCUGUGCAACUGUAUUCACUGAAAGAGAGAUCAACCCUCCUUCUCCCUAUACUUUAACCACUAGCGAGGCGGGAAGCAAUCUCAAUUGCAGGCAAAAGGAGAA